AUGGAGUUUCCAUUCUUGCGAGCAUUUAUUGCCCUCUUUUUAUAUCGCUACUUCCGCCUUGUUGUGAAUCUCUUUUCUUUCUGGACGUUCAAACCAAUUCCUCCGCCAGAAAAUCCGAAGUUAACUGCCCAAGAUGUAACGGUUAUUUUACCAACGUUAGAGGGGUGUGGUGAUGAACUCGUGGAAACCAUAAGAACGAUUCUCGACACCCAGCCUUAUGAACUUCUUCUGGUCACCAUUGAAGCGAAUCGACAAAAGGCCGAGAAUAUGCUGAGCUUGAUGCCCGCUUCGAAGUCAAGAAUCCGCUUGUUCACCGUUACCCACCCCAACAAGCGCCGACAAAUGACUAGAGCGAUCCCGGAAGUCCGAACUACUAUCACGGUAUUCGCAGAUGAUGACGUGAGCUGGCCACGCACAGUCCUCCCUUGGAUGCUAGCACCUUUUGAGAAGGAUGAGCGAUUCGGUGGUGUGGUAACUUGCCAACGUCUACGACGGGCUGUUUCGCCAUCAUUUUCUCAACGCAUAUGGGGAUUUCUGGGCGCUCUUUACUUGGAACGAAGAAACUUCGAUUGCGCGGCAACAACGCAUAUUGACGGUGGGCUUCCCUGCAUGUCCGGCCGGACAGUCGCAUACAGAACAGAUAUCCUUCAGAAUGAAGGCUUCACGUAUGGAUUCACGAACGAGGAAUGGUGGUUCGGGAAGUACCAAUUGAACGCAGACGACGACAAUUUCAUUACCCGCUGGAUGGUGUCACAUGGCUGGGAGACUUUCAUGCAAUAUCAUCCUGAAGCGGAGGUCCUGACAACUCUGGAAGACAACCCCAAGUUUCUCAAACAGUGCGCGCGCUGGUCCCGAAGCAACUGGAGGAGCAACCUUACAAGCAUGUUCCAUGAAAAACACAUCUGGUAUGCACACCGGGACGGAUGUCUAUGUCCUGUUAUGAAUUGGCCUUUCAUUCACGGACCCUACUCGCUUCCUGCAUCAUUAGUCAAUGAUGCCGUUGAAUGCAAAAUUUCCCUUCAUUCUGAUUAUAAUUUCCCGGAUACUACGACAGACUUAAGGAACUGGUCUUGGAAGGCUGGAUCGUUCUUAGUCUUGGUAACCGACUGUGGAAAAUUUUUGUUUGGCCACUUACUGCAAAUUCGCCAGCCUUGGAGCGCAUACGCUGUCCACUUGACGACGCUUUCGCCGCCAGCUCUCCUCGGCGAUUUAUUGCUCCUUAUACUUUGUCACAAGGCUACGGUUUCUUGGGACAAUGAUACGCACGCGCUAGCUAUGCAAGCUCUCGGACUGUGGAUGUUUAUAAGCAAGUUCAUCAAACUUCUCGGACAUUACAUCCGUUACCCGGUUGAUGUUAUCCUUUUGCCGGUGUCCAUUCUCUUCGGCUAUUUUCACGGGGCUAUUAAAAUAUACGCCGUGCUAACUCUGAACGUGACCACAUGGGGUAGCAGAGACGGUGCCGAUGAUUAUGACGCGGAGCGGAUGAAGAAGCGAACGGACACGGAUCGCGUGCUUGCCCUGCUGGUUACUGAAGCUCGCCUAUGA